UCCGGGCUUGGAUCACGAACGGCAACGGCGGCUUCCUCUUUUCCCUGUCAUCUCCUACCUCAUGUACUCUCCCUCCUCCUCAACCUAUUGUAGCUGAGCUUGAACUUCCUGUAAUGGAGUAAUUCGAGUGAUUCGUGAGUGGCUACAUAACAUCGUGGUAUCAAAGCCUCCUUCCACCCUUCCGAUUCGCCACAAAUUUUCCCGAGUUCAUCCAAUUUUUGCCCAAUUUUUUUUCUGAGUUCAUCAAUUUCUUCCACCACCAUGCACCCGGAGCUGAAGUCCUACUUGGCUGAUUACCACGCACGGACCAUGGCGCGCUAUGACACCGUGGACAAGCAGCACGCGCGGAUGUUGAAGAUCCUCACGGGCGUCUCGACCCCGCAGCUAGCUUGCCCCAUGGGCACGGCAGCCGAUGGCGGCCUCACCGAUGACCCCAGAGCCCCGGCGGUCGUCCAUGAUGUCUUCUCCACCACCACCCAGGCCCAGGAGACCCCCGCAGUCUCGCAUGAUGCACCCUCGGUCCGCAUCGAGAGGGUGCCCGCCACCUGUUCGACGGAGUGCCUGACCUAGGUCGCCUCCAUCGCCAGCAUCGGCGAGGUCCACGACGCUGCCACAGCCGCCCAGCUCGAGCCCGUGGAUGACCACAUCCACCAGGAGGUCACCUCCGAGAUCAUCACACCAGUGGCAACCACCACCGAGGUCAACCCCAAGACCAGCAUGCAGGAGCUGGACGACUCGCCACUACCAUGCAGCAACAACUCCACCCAAGUAGUGAGCGAGGCGGACCACAUCGUCGUUCUCCUUGUUCCCAACAACUUGGCUGCACUAGCGCCGUCCAAGUGCUUGGCAGAAUGCUCCGCCUAUGUGGGAGACUGGGUGAAACCUCUGACCGCCACCAUCGAUAGUGCCGACGAGACACAUGACACUCCCAUCGCUGAGCGUCUGCACCCGCCUUCCUUCGAACAUCAACCAUGGAGGUUCAAUCACAUGGGAUCCAUCUUCAGGCCUAGCCUGUGGCCAUCGUUCGGGCCUCUGUCAGUCACAAGCUACCCGGAAGAGCCAUGUUCAAGUAUCCAUAGUCAAUCACAUCGAGGUUCCUUCUUUAGUCCUCGGUUAGUUCGGUUGAUGUUUAGAGAUGUUCACCUGGAGGAGCAUGGUAAUGGAACUGAUUCAGUCAAGCCUUGCACCAGUGGAAUUCAACACAAAGUGCGUGAAAGUUUCACUGAAAUUGCAAGGCGAUGUUCAUUUGAUGUUCAGAGAUGUUCACCGGGAGAUGGUCCAGCAAUCGCAAGGGAGUUCGAUGUUCCUUUGGAAAUCAAAAAAAUGGAUAAAGGAUGCAUGGGUUCAAGUGUGGUUGCAUAUGUAUUACCUCUUGAAAGAUAUGAACCAUGCAAGUAUCAGUUUUUCAGAGAAUCAAGCAUGACUGAUUUUCCUGCUGAAUUCGAAGUUGAAUACGAAGCUGAAUAUUAUGUUCAAAAUACAACUCCUGGAUUGGUUGGGCGUCAAGAUGACUUAAACCUCCGGAACACAGAUGGAUGCUCAGCAGACAUUGAUAGCAACAAUACAGUUGUUGUGGCUGAUAGCAAAUCUGAUAAAAUAUCUGACAGUUGAAAGUGGACAUCUUCUUUAAAGAUGUUAUAGAAGUUCUGGAUAUCAUGUCUAAAGCGCCACCAAGAAAAGAAAAGAACUUGUCUGCUCAAGAUACUUCAAGUGUUCAGCUGUCAAUUGAUAACUCUUGCCUGGUGAUCCUAUUUCUACCCUGGUGUGCAAAAUUUCUGUCAAUCAAGCCCUUUCAAUUAUUGCUGGACAAGGGAUACCUAGAGUAUCACAUAACUCUUGGAGAAAUUAAUUCAAAAAUUUUGCAAUCAUCGGUUGUUCAGUAUGUACAGCCAGCAAACUCGGUUCCAGAAUAUAUGAAUUCAUGUGCAGCCAGUGCCACUAGUUAUUGUUGUCAUUGGCAUUUCUUCACUCAGUUUAAGAGGUUGUGGGCUCCAAGAACUAAAGAAGAGGUGCUUGGUCAGAUGUGGUCCGAACCUUUGUUUCACGCUUUUUGUCACCCAUGGGAUGCAAGUGACAAGCAAUGGAAUUCAGAGGGCCAUCAUAAACAACAUGUCAACCUCUUAGUUGUUUUGGUAUAUUCGACGGUGGAGCAUAUUGAUAGGCUGCAGUUCCGUUGCAACGCCAAAUCGUGCCCUCAAAUAGCCAAGAUUUUGAAUGAGCCGCAAGUGCUUGAGUAUGCUCGUUCGGUCGUUUCUAAUUUUAUUCAAAGCGAUUAUUUGUGCUAUUGCGCUCCCUGUGUUCGUGACCAGCCCAAGGUGAAUUCUAGUACAUCAACAAGUGCUCUUACGAGCCCACUUGCUCAGCAACAAGACUAUAACUUUGGCAUUGAGAGUAUAUUCAAGCUCUUGCUGCACAUACUACAUCAGACUUCUUGUUCUAAAUUCAGUCAUGCUGACCACAACUUGGACAAGCAUAAUUCAGAGACUGCAAAUCGUCGUACCUUUGCUUCGGUCCUACAUAACAGCAACAAAUUCACUUCCACCGGUUACAUAUGUUUGGGCAUCCCAUUGGUCGACAGUAGGACCCUGCUGAUGGAGUUGGAAUUACUUAUCACACAACCGGCAGGACAUUUUCCCAUGCUGCAACCCAAACCCCCAUGGUCACCUCUUUUCCCACCAAAAAUUCCUACAGAAUUCAGAAGCUAUAUGCGAACUAAUUCAGAGUUUCUGCGUCUCACUGGUGUUCUUUGGGAAUUGACUCAAUCUUGGCCCUUUACUCAUCAUGUCAGUACCUUGUCAAGCUAUUGGCGGUGCUUCUCUUGGGGACCAGGUCCCAUGACUACUCUGUUUUGGUUGGCCCAUAUCAUCGCCGAAAAGUUACAAGAAGGGUUGCCAUGUAUUUCUGAGAGCUCUACUAUCUGCGGUGGUUUGCGUGCAAUGAGACCCAUAACUGAAGAUUACAUCGCAACUUUUAUCGUGAGGUGGCAAUUCAUACAAUCAGUUCAAUCAGCAACUUCAUGUGUGCAGUGGGAUCCAGGAGGAUUUGAUUUUGUUGAACUAGCGGGGAACAGGCACCGGCUCGGCAGAUAUACAGAACUUCAAGACUCCUGUUCUCCUUCCUGGCUAGCUGAUGGCACCUCACAUAUGCUCUAAUUGCAUCUGCAAGACAAAAACUUCAAGGAACUAGCGGCUAACUGGCACCGGCUUGAGGGCAAGCCGGUUGUUAAGGAGGAGGGGAUGUCAGCGACCCAAAGUACCGCCGCGGCCACAUCAACUAAAGGCGCUACCAUGGCAGCCCAAACUGCUGCCAUGGCAGCGAAACCGACGGCAACACAAACUGGAGAGCCAAGGCAGCGAGCCCACCAACACAUGGGCCGGGCCGGACAAGUUGUUACUCCUAGGGCAGGCAGACUACAAGUACCCAGCCAAGACGCAGCGAACGGGCAUCCCGGCUUGGAUCACGAACGGCAACAGCGGCUUCCUCUUUUCCCUGUCAUCUCCUACCUCCUGUACUCUCCCUCCUCCUCAACCUCUUGUAGCUGAGCUUGAACUUCCUGUAAUGGAGUAAUUCGAGUGAUUCGUGAGUGGCUACAUAACAGUUAGCCCGGUACGUUCGUUUGGUCGCUGAUGUUUUCUCGGUCGUGCAUUUCGUACGGUCGUUGUUUUUUUAGGUGAACGUACGGUCGUUGUUGUUUUC